AAACUUAAAUCGGGUUGAAAACUCACUUGGUGUUUUUGCUUCAUACAAAGGUUAAAAACUGUUAAAAUCGAGGAUAAUCACAAGUUUAACAUACUAGUGAAUUUAUCAAAUUUUCAACAGACAAGACCCAAUUUUGCCCUUAAUACCCUUCAACAGGAAACAAGACACACACGUUCUAAAUGGGUGAAGGAUCGAAAAAAAAACAGCCCAGUUUUACUAUAGGUCAUGAGUAAAAUUUUCACAACGUUCGAAACACAAUUUUAGUCACAUCAGAGCUGCAGUAAUAUAUUCCCUUACUUUUUACUUUUAUACCAAGUGAAAAAUAAUUCCAACAACGCGCGCAUACCUUCAAACCUUUACCCAGAAUUACAACAUCAACGACAACAUUAACAAUAACGGGAGUUUACGAUGGAUCAAUCGGCGGAACACAACAAUACAAUUCCACCUGCCGAAACGGACAUCAAUACGACCGAUUGGACAAAGGACGGGACCUCUCCCUCGUCAAUAGUUGAGCCUCUGCCUGAACAAAUUGCACCGUCCUCAGAUGAAAAGGGAGAUAUUGAGUUAGAGGGUGAUGAUCAAAUUGAGAACAAAGAGGUUAAACAGGCUGCAAUAAGUGAAGCUCCGCAGGAAGACGCCAACACCAAUCUUGAGAGCAGUGAAGACUUCGAAAUGAUCUCCCAGCCCGAUAACAGCGAACCGACUGAAAUCACACCCCCUCCAACUAGCAGGGAGGAGGGGGUCACUUCCUCUCUCAGUGACUCACCCCCGGUUGAAGAAGUGGGCGGGGCAGUUGAGUCUGGGAGAAGUGUGAGCAGCAUCACUAAUAACGACCAGGAGGAUGCGGAUACUUUCUCAGUUGUAUCCUCUGGGUCGAGAAAGUCCAGCGCAACCUCGAGUCGCCAGAGUGUUUCGAGAGGCAAAAUUGGUUCAUUGCAGAAUAUGAAACACAAGCCAGGGGGAGGCGACAAGAAAAUAUACAGUGAAAAGGUCAAAGUUCAAGCACAGUCUAAAUGUGGGUCACUCGCAAACACAACACACCAACCGGGCGGAGGAGACAAAAAAAUAUUCGAACAAAAGGUCAAAGUUCAAGCACAGUCUAAAAUCGGGUCGCUUGAGAAAUCAACUCACAAACCAGGAGGGGGUCAGGUCAAAAUUCACGACGAAAAAAUUAAAAUCGAAGCCAAAUCAAAAAUAGGAUCGACUGAAAAAGCAACCCACAAACCAGGUGGAGGUCAGGUAAAAAUUUUUGACGAAAAAGUCAAAGUUGAGGCGAAAUCUAAAAUUGGGUCAACCGAGAAAGCAACUCACAAACCCGGCGGCGGAGACAAGAAAAUUUUCAGUGAAAAGGUCAAAGUUCAAGCAACUUCAAAAAUCGGAUCGAUGGCAAACGCAACACAUAAACCACAAGGCGGUGAAGUUAAAAUUGUGAACGAAAAACUGAAAGUAGAAGCGAGAUCAAAAAUCGGAUCUCUUGAAAAUGCAACACAUAAACCUAAAGGGGGUGAGGUCAAAAUUCAAAAUGAAAAGGUCAAAGUUGAAGCCAAAUCUAAAAUUGGUUCAUUUGACAAAGCGACUCAUAAGCCAGGCGGUGGUCAAGUCAAAAUAGUCGAUGCAAAAUUUCAAGUACAAGCGAAAUCCAAGAUUGGUUCCCUCGAAAAUGCAACUCAUAAGCCGCAAGGGGGCGAAGUCAAAAUUCGUGACGAAAAGUUAAAAGUUGAGGCUAAAUCGAAAAUAGGAUCGCUUGACAACGCAAAACACACGCCGCGAGGGGGCGACGUGAAAAUUCAAGACGAAAAACUCAAAGUUCAAGCGAAAUCGAAAAUUGGAUCUUUUGAAAAUGCUAGACACACACCACAAGGGGGCGACGUAAAGAUCCGUGACGAAAAAUAUAAAGUUGAGGCUAAAUCGAAAAUCGGAUCGCUUGAUAAUGCGAAAUAUACACCGCGAGGGGGCGACAAAAAGAUUUACGACGAGAAGCCAAAAUUCAGCGCGCAGUCUAAAAUCGGGUCACUUCCGAUCGACCGAAGCAGUUUGGAUCUCGAGAGAAAGUCGAUGGUCGAAACUCCAUUUAGCCCAGAUCCGACAGAACACUCAACAGAACCCCAGACCCCGAUGACCCCCAUACGUUGACCAGGUCAAAAAAGGGGAGGGGCUGUAUAUUGCCCUACAAAGGCCUCAAAGUCAACACAUAUAAUUGAUACCUCGUGUUAAUUAAGCAAUAAAAGUCACAAUAAUUAGAUUUUAAUGUUUUCACUUUUGGAAGAAUGAAUUUCCCAAAAAUUGCAUUUGAUUUCAGUUGGUGAUUGAAGGUAGUGUAAAGUGCACAGAGUGUUAUGACCCGAAAAUUUUGAAAUCAUCUACAUUUUUUUGAAGACGGGUUUAUUUCGUUCAAUAUAUAUUUAGUAAAAUAUGUGCGCGUGUUUAUUUUUAAAUUCUGUAUUGAUUAUAAUUAAAAUUG